CCCUAUGCGGGUGACUGGUAACCCAACCUAGAGCCGCUACUGUACUACGAUGAUCACAUGACCAAGUUAGUAUCACAUGACUUCAUACAGAUUCAAAAUGGUAGACCGAUUAUUGUUGUUUGUGUUUCUCGCUGUUGUAAAAAGUUGUUAUGGAGUGGACAGCUUGCGUUUCUUGGCGAUGGGAGACUGGGGUGGUCUGCCAGUACCUCCUUAUGCCACCCCAGUAGAAACUUCAGUAGCCAAACAAAUGGCAGAUGUGACAAACAGAUUAAAGACAAGUUUCAAUCUUGCCCUCGGAGAUAACUUCUACUUUGAUGGAGUAAAAGAUGUGGAUGAUAAGAGGUUUCAGUACACAUUUGAGAAUGUAUACCACUAUGCUGAGCUGCAGAAUCCAUGGUAUUUGGUGGCUGGAAAUCAUGAUCACAAUGGCAAUGUCUCUGCUCUUGCUUACUCUAAAAAGUCAAAUAGAUGGAAAUUCCCAAAUAAUUACUAUGCUCUGCAGUUUCCAAUCCCAGGAGGCAAGACUGUUGAAAUUAUAAUGAUUGACACCAUACUGCUGUGUGGCAACACAAGACAUGACUUUGUAGGAGAUCAGCCACAUGGUCCCAAAGAUAUCAAGGUAUCUGAGGACCAGUGGACAUGGAUUGAGCUUCAGUUGCAAGCCUCUAAGGCAGACUAUUUACUUGUAGCUGGACACUUCCCUGUCUACUCCAUAGCUGAGCACGGUCCCACCAAGUGUCUUGUUGAGAGACUCAAACCUAUGUUGUACAAGUACAAAGUCUCAGCUUACUUCAAUGGACAUGACCACAACUUACAGCAUAUUACUAGUGCAGAGGAUGGCCAUACAGUAGAAUACUUUGUAACUGGAGCCGCAAACUUUGUCGACACAAGCAGAGAGCAUGAGGAUGAUAUUCCAAAAGAUUCUCUCAAGUUCCAUUGGGCAAAGAUUGCUGAGCUUGGUGGAUUUUCCUACAUUGAAGCUACAUCACAAAACAUGACCAUGACCUUUAUUGAUGGAAUGAGUAAAAUAUUGUAUACACACUCAUUUCCUCCUAGAAAAAUGAAUAAAAUCAAGAAUUAACAUUUAUAGUCAGUCUAGAAUUAGCUGAAUUUGUGUCAUAUGAAAUGGCAAAUUUCCUUCCAUAAAAAAUACACUGAAUAUUUCAAUCUUUUUUUUUUUCACACAGAUGUAAACAGAGAUUGGUAUGAAGAUAUGCCUACUGCAAUUACUGAAAUCUGAAGUUGUUAUAUCUUUUAGAAAUUGUUCAUGUAAAAAGAUUCUUGCAUCAGGCAUGUUAAAGAUACAACAAAAUAUUUAUUGGUAGCAAGUUAAACUGUCUGAGCUAAUAAUAAAUAUUUUUACUUCAAAAGUUGACUGUUUGCCAGACAAAAAAUAUACUAUGUGCAAUUCAGUUCUAGUUUGAUAUUUAUGCAAUAAUAUAUUACUGUGAAAUCAUUAAUAUUCGUGGGGGAUUAAUUUUCGUGGAUUUUGUGGUUGAGUCAAUCCACGAAUUUUAAUCCCAACGAACAAGUAAAAUUCCCAUUCAUUUUAUGUUCAAAAGUUGAAAUCCACGAUUCAUAUCCCCACAAAAUCGCGGUUUUGACCAAAACCACGAAAUUUCAUGCCCACGAAAUUAAAUGAUUUUACAGUAUAUGAUAAUACUCAUCAUGUUCAACCGGGUUGAACCCCCAAAUGUUCUAUUUUUAUAUUUCUGCCACCCUUCAGAGAAAAGAUAUAUGAUUGUGCUCAUUGUUGGUCAGUUGGUAGGUCAGUGCAUCGCCCAUGGUUUCAAAUUAAUAGCUAAAGAACUCUGUCUCACAAUGGUCAAACAUGAUAGGACCGAUGAUUGCCAGUUAGCCAGAAGAUGAUCCCUAGUGAUGUUGUUUUGGGGCUCAGAAGGUCCUAGGUCAAAGUCACAGACACUUUGAGACUUAUUACAAUUACAAUGAUUACCUGUGGUCAUUGAAUGUCCUUACUUUUUCUGGAGUGGGAGGGGUGGGAGUUCAGUAGGUCAAAGGUCAAUGUAACACUGAACUUUCGACUAAAUAAGUUUCCUUACCAUAACUGAAUAAUGCUUUUGGUAUAAAGUCAUUUCCACUUAGUAAAUUUAGAACCCUUCAAACUUCAUAGGAUGAUUGCCUGUGGUCAGUAGAUGACCCAUAAUGCUUUGGGACUCAGUGGGUCAAAGGUCAACGUCACAGUGUUUUUUACACUGAAAACAGUUUCAGCUCUGUAACGAAAGAAUGCUUUGACUUACAAUCCAUGGCUUUCGUAGAAUAAUUGUCUGUGGUCAGUAGAUUAACCUUAUUGUGCUGGGGUCAGUAGGUCAGAGGGCAAGGUCAUAGUGAUCUCAGAACUAAAAAUGGGACAGGCCAUCAUAGGGACAUAUAUGUUUUACAAACAGCUCUUGUUUUGAUUAUUUUCAACCCAAAAUUAACAGCUGUACAUCCAGAAAGUUGUUACGUAUAGCUGAGAAUUAAUAGGAAUAUUAGGCACAGGAAACAUGGGCAAAGUGAGUUUAAAAUUUUAGUGGGUAUAAUAAAAGAAACAUGCAAGCACCACGUCAGCACAAAGUGAUUCAAAAUUGAUUUUAACAAAACUAUCUUUAACACAAGAGUUGGUAUUAGUGCUUAUUACAGAUUUUGCUAUUCAGAUAUUUGAUUUUUCAUAAAAGCUUUAAAGAGCCCGCCCGCUUAGCUCAGUAGGGAGAGCGUUGGUCUACGGAUCGCGGGGUCGUGAGUUCGAUCCCCGGGCGGGGCUUAUGUUCUCCGUGACAAUUUGAUAAAAGACAUUGUGUCUGCAGUCAUUCGUCCUCCACCUCUGAUUCAUGUGGGGAAGUUGGCAGUUACUUGCGGAGAACAGGUUUGUACUGGUACAGAACCCAGGAACACUGGUUAGGUUAACUGCCCGCCGUUACAUGACUGAAAUACUGUUGAAAAACGGCGUUAAACCCAAAACAAAAAAACAAAAAAUAAAAGCUUUAUGAUUUUCUAUAAAUUCAGUUAUACAUGUAAACGAAACUUUAUAUAAUAUUCUUUUAUUCAUUCUCCUUUUUAUUUUAUAUAUUUUCCUUUAUUGUAAUAUGUUAACCAAGAGCUUAGCAAAAUAACCUUUAUUUUUAUGUUAAUUUAUUAUGCUACCUUUUAAAAAAAGGUUUGUUUUUACACCAAAUAAAUAGAAACUGUGCCAUAUAUAUGUUAAUUUAUAUAAUUUAUUCAUAUGAUAUUAUGAAAUUUGAGCAGUUUACUAGACACAUUAAUAUGAAUAUAUUUUAAACAGACUGUAAGUUAAUAUUAAUUAGUGGCAUGUACAAUGUAUAUGUAUUAAUGUUUUCAUUGCAUCUGCUUAUUGUGACUAUCUUAUUUCAUGUGAGAAAUAUUAGGACAGUUUGUUUGCCAGACUGUAUUGAGAACAGUUCUCGCAUACAGGGAAGUAAAUUACUCCAAAACCCGAACAGAACUUUUUUGGUAUUUGCUUAGAAUUUACUCUUUUUAGAUGCAUAUAUAAAUGAAAAUAGAAUAUUGUAUAUAUUUGGCAAGUACCAACAUUAAACAUUCCUGAAAAUAAAGUGUGCAGCAUUGUAUUGAUUUUUUAUGGUAGAUUAUAAAUACUGUCUUUGAACUUAAAUAAAUUAUUUUGAAAUUGUAUUGAUUUUAUUAAAUAUCAUUUACAGGUAUAUAUAAGGGCCUUGAUUUUUAAGCUUAAAGUUAGAGGUGCCCUAGGCCUCUUGACUUAACUUGUAUAUGAGAAACCAUAGUGUUAUAAUUCUGUUAAUAUAAUGUUAAAUGUUGUUAUGUUUCCUUUAAAACUAGAGUAGAACACUGGUUUUGUUAUAAAUUGCGAAUUCUGAACUUACAUAGGAACUUUUUCACGAAACUUUCAUUUAUAUGUCAUAAUAAAUAGAAACUCGGUGAACUUUGAUUUUCAUUUCUUGUUGGUUAUGUCUCAAAAGUGUGCUUUAUUUUCUGUUCAGGUUUUUGCAGUUUCAGGGUUACGAGUAAUAGCAUAGAUUGUUUCCACAGUGCAAAACUAUUGCAACUUACCUGCAGAUGCAAUAAUUUUAGGUGACAAAAUGUAUUUCAUGUAUACUGUGAAAUCAUUUAUAUCUAUGGGGAAAGAAGUUUUAUGGAUUUCUUAGUUGAGUCAAUCAGCAGUAUUUUAUUCCUUACAAAUAAGUAAAUUGAGCCGCGUCAUGAGAAAACCAACAUAGUGGGUUUGCAACCAGCAUGGAUCCAGACCAGCCUGCGCAUCCGCCCAGUCUGGUCAGGAUCAAUGCUGUUCACUUUUGGAGCCUACUGCAAUUAGAGAAACUGUUAGCGAACAGCAUGGAUCCUGACCAGACUGCACGGAUACGCAGGCUGGUCUGGAUCCUUGCUGGUCGCAAACCAACUAUAUUGAUUUUCUCGUGGCACGGCUCCAAUAGCCUUUUUGGUUAAAACAUCAAAAUUCCAAAAUAAAUGAUUUUACAGUACAUUUGAGCUAAAGUGGCAUUUAUUUUGUUACUACAUACUGGUUGUUUCACAUGUGUUUGUGUUAUUAUACAGUGCACAUACUUAAACCUGUAUUGAAAUUGCUCCUCCAGCUUUUGUUCAUGCUGUGAAGUCAUUGAUAUUGGUGAGGAAUUAUUUUUUUGUGGAUUUCCUGGUUGUGUCAGUCCAAAUAAUUAAACCCUUAUGAAUAAAUGACAAUCACAAAUUUCGCAAAAAAUUAUCUAUCCCCGUGAAAUGGCUGUUAUGUCCAAAACUACAAUAUUUCAUCCCCUCAAAAUUAAAUGAUGUCACAGUAGAUGCUACAUUUAAAUAACAAGGUGUUCCAGACAUUGAUUUUGAUAAUGCUGUUAAAAAGUCAGUCUGUAUGGAAGCAAAUGAAUUUUUUUAGGUGGAAAAAUAGAAAUUACACAUAUUUUGGUCUUUCAGUUAGUUUUUACGCAUUUUGUCACAAUUUCAUAUUCCUCACUUAACAGCUUCUCACCUGUUUCUGUAAAGCAAUAACACAACAUUAUCAUAUCAUAUAAGUAGAAAAUAUGUAAUUUAUAUCUUCAUUUUGCAGCAAAAUUGUGCCUGUCCGUAGUCUUAAUGUCUCCUUUUAUGUAUUUAAAUGUUAAACACACACCAUGCAUUCUGUGAUAAAAAUGUAUAUAAGAAUGAUGCUCUGUUGAUACAUAUAACAAUAGUUUACUAUAUUAUUAAAUAAAAGUUUGAAAAACAA